GGAAGAGACAUCAUUUUAAAACUCAAUGCUCCAGUUCAUUAAGACCACAAGGAACCAAACCCAGCUUUAAGAUGCCGUUUUUACUUCUUUUUAUGAUGCUGUCAGCCUGUGCUGCAAGUCCACAGGAUCUGUCAGGAAAGAUGUUUACGUUUCCACAAGAAACCAACACAGCUAGAGUCAUGCUGAAUACAUCGGCAGAUAAUCUGAGUGCUGUAACAGUCUGCUUAAGGUCAUUCACAGACCUCAGUAGAGACCACAGCCUUUUUUCUCUCGCCACACCGUCUUCUGAUAAUGGCUUUCUGAUAUUCAAAGGCAAUUCUGACAAAAUUUCUCUCUAUGUGGACAACAAACAAGUAGACUAUCUAGGACUGGGCUAUGAGUUGAAUGUGUGGCACUCUAUUUGUUCCACAUGGGAUGUUGAAUCUGGAUUGGGUCAGAUGUGGCUCAAUGGAAAGUCUUCACCUAGGAAGUUUCUUGGUGGAUCACGGAUUAGUCAACCAAUUGUUAUCCUAGGACAGGAACAGGACAGUUAUGGUGGUAGAUUUGAUGCCAAGCAAUCCUUUAUUGGAAUGAUCUCUGAUGUCCACAUGUGGGACUAUGUUCUUUCACCCUGUGAGAUCCAGAGCUAUGUGGAUAAUCUGAAUUUCACUCCAGGGAACGUGUUAAACUGGAGAGCCCUUACAUUUGAUGUUAUUGGAAGGGUGCUGAUAGAAAACAGACUUCUGACAUGCCACUAGAGCCACUCCCCCCC